AUGGUGGCUGCAGGAGCAGCAGCUUCUGCUGCAGCAGCAGCACUAACAGCUGCAGCAAUAGCACCAGCAGAAACGACAGUGCGAAUAGCAGCAGCGACAACAGCAGCAGCAGGAGGGAUAGCACCAACAAUAGUGGCAGCGGCAGCCGCAGCAGCGAAACCAUAUAAUCGGCAGCAGCAAUACACAAAGCAGCAACUACGAGACUAA